GUGUCCACGAGCUGCCGUCAGUCAGAAGGUCGCACAGUCCAAGAUGGGCUCCUCUCGGGCACCCCAGAUGGGGCGUGUGGGAGGGCAAGGGAUGAUGGCAUUGCUGCUGGCUGGUCUCCUCCUGCCAGGGACCUUGGCUAAGAGCAUUGGGACCUUCUCAGACCCCUGUAAAGACCCCACUCGCAUCACCUCCCCCAAUGACCCCUGUCUCAUUGGGAAUGAUGGCUCCAGUAGCUUCAGUAGCCACAGUGGCUCCAGCAGUUCCAGCAGUUCCAGUUCCAGUGGCUCCAGUGGUGGCUCUGGUGGUGGCUCCGGUGGUUCCGGUGUCUCCAGUGGUGGCUCCAGCGGAUCCGGUGUCAUCCAGGGUGGUUCUUCAGGAUCUGCGUUACUUACGCCAGGCACAGGGUAUUCCCAGAUCAGCCACUCCUCCGGUUCUGGCUCUGGUCUUCAGGGUGCAUCCAGCUCCUCCCUGUCGGGCAGCAUCAGGCCCCCAUCGGGAAGCAUCAACUCCCAACCAGGGUCUGGCUCAGCUCUACCAACCGACGGUGCUUCUUCCCGCUUGGGAAGCUCUUCCCAGUCUGGAGGAGGCUCAAGCUCUUCUGUUUCCCAAACCUCCCGGAUAUCCAGCAGCGGUGACCAAAAGGUCAACUCCAACCUGCGCCCCUGUAGUUCAGAUGUCCCUGACUCUCCCUGCAGUGGGGGGCCUGUUGUCUCGCACUCCAGCUCCUACAUCUCCAGCUCCCACUCUGUGUCAGGAGGUCAAAGGCCUGUGGUGGUGGUGGUGGAGCAGCAAGGUUCUGGUGGCCCCAGAGGGGUUCAAGGUGUCCCCUGUAACAAUGGUGGCCAUUCAGGCAAGCCCUGUCCUCCCAUCACCUCUGUAGACAACUCCUACGGCAGCUAUGAGGUGGUAGGUGGCUCCUCUGACAGUUACCUGGUCCCAGGCAUGACCUACAGUAAGGGCAAAAUCUACCCUGUGGGCUACUUCACCAAAGAUAACCCUGUCAGAGGCUCUCCAGGGGCCCCCUCCUUUGCAGCUGGGCCCCCCAUCUCUGAGGGCAAAUACUUCUCCAGCAAUCCCAUCAUCCCCAGCCACAGCUCCUCUAGUUCCAACAUCUACCAGUCAGGAGCUUCCCCGGCCAUUGUGUUCCAGCCCGUGGGCUCUGGUGGGGUCCAGCCCUGUGGAGUCGGCUCCACAGGCGCUAAGGGGCCCUGCUCCCUCUCCAUUCCUGGAGUCUACAGCAGUUCUAGCCUUUCCAGCAGUUCUGGUUCAUCCUCCCAUCCCUGUGGCGGUGUUUCCCAGGGGCCCUGCUCCCCACCAGGCACUGGCUCCUCCGCUGGCAGCUCCAGCUCUCAGUCCAGUGGCAAAACCAUCCUUCAUCCCUGCGGCAGCAAGUCCAGCUCUCCUGGUCACCCUUGCAUAUCUGUCUCCUCCUCAACAUUGAGUGAGGGUCCCAAUGGCUCUCCCGAACCUGAUCCCUCAGCUGGUGCCAAGCCCUGUGGCUCCAGCAGCUCUGGAAAGAUCCCCUGCCGCUCCAUUCGGGACCUCCUGGCCCAAGUGAAGCCUCUGGGGCCACAGCUGGCUGACCCUGAAGUUUUCCUACCCCAGGGAGAGUUACUUGACAGACCAUAAGUCAGCUUUUAUACACGCACAUGUACAGGCAUACACACACGUACACACGUACUAUCUCCCAGUUGAGAGAAGUCCAGGGGCCCAGGCAUUGGAUUAGCUCCCUUUCCCUCCUCCUUCCCAAGAAGCUGCUCUAUUUCCUCCAUUGCUCCAAUGUGGCAGACUCUCCCUCAUCACCUCUUCUUUCUUCAUCUUCCCAAACUGUAGAUUCCAAAUCUCUUUCCUUAUUCUCUCCUAUCGCUUAGAUUCCCAUUCUCCCACAGUGCCCUCCCUGCCAGAUAACCACGCCCUAAAAUUUCCUUUGCCAUUUCUUUGAGAUGGUACAGUCCAUUGGCUAACCCUGCCCCUUCAGAUUCUUGACUGGGAAACCCCUGUAAUGUCCCAGAGUAACUCUGAUGCCUACACACGUCAUCCCCUCCCCUCCCCCUUUGCCAAAUAAAGCAUAGUCCAAACUAUUAUCUGAAAACAAUGACCUCUCUUUGCCAUCUGGCAACCAGUGCGAUAUGCCGUUGGGUUCUCACACUCCUGGUUCCACUCCCACCCCCAUUAGAGAACCACAUUCCUCUGUGAGUUCCAAACACUCCUCCUUUCCUCUCAAGGUCUCCAUCUCAGUCCCCCUUUCUGGCUGCCACUUCCCUCAAGGCUCGGAUGCUUCCUUAUGUGAGAGAGGUACCAGGGAUCUGCAGAGACUGCAGGCUCCCUGCUCUCUCUGGAUCCUGGACAAAUGUCUCAAUAAACUGUGUGAACUAGAUGUAGACUUUUUGCCUUCUUGGAGUCCCAGGUCUCCUCUUAGGACCUGGGUGAUGCUCUCCUAUGCCUCUAGAGGUCCCGUGUCUCUCAUUUUCAUUCAUAAUUUGGCCCAGUAUUUCUCUUAUACCUUACAGCUCCUCCCACAAAGGAGGAAGACAAUAAAUAUUUGUUGAACUGAAA